AUGGCACACCGCACGUUGAGAGCGGAACCAGGGGAAGGAGAACGGCCCCGACCCGUGAUCACUCGCUUUCUCCGCUACCAACAGAGGGACCAGGUACUCGCCCUGGCGAGAAACCGAGGGCCACCCGUACAUCAGGGUCAAAGCAUCUUUAUUGUUCCAGACAGGAGCAGCGAGCGGGCCAAGAAGCGCGCCACAUUCCUCACUAUCAAGUCCACACCGCACAAGAGAGAAGCAACUGUGGUCCAGCUACAAACACACAUGCAGAAGACUCUUGGUACUCUGUCGCAGUCUGGGUCCGUAUAUCGCCAACGGCAACUGAGGGAGAGUCUGGCCCUGCUGGAACUGGACUUUGUGGAGUUUAGGGAGUUCACCCAGGAGACCAGAGGCAACAAGUCCGGCGGCAACAAGUCCGGAGGCAACAAGUCCGGAGGCAACAAGUCCGGCGGCAACAAGUCUGGAGGCAACAAGUCCGGAGGCAACAAGUCCGGAGGCAACAAGUCCGGAGGCAACAAGAGGAGACACAAGACACAAACUGAACCACAACAACACCAGACGACAGAGGAAGUCACAAGCAGGCUGGAGGCUCCGGUUCUGCUGCAUGGCAUCUUUAAACUGGGGAAAAAAAGCCAUGAUGUUCUGCUGACCCGGAUCCAGGUGUCCUGGACUCCCAUCAUCCCCGAGACUCCGACAGGUCAUAUAGAGAAGGUCAGAAGGAUGGAAUGUGUGUCACUGAAAGAUGUGUUUGCAGUGAAGGUUAAGCGUCGUCGUGUCAGGGGUCAACAGACGGGGGGUGCUGUGAUGGGCGUGACCCUCUUCUGCUGUCGAAGGAGAGGACUCAGACUGACAGAAGACAGUAUUCAUUUGCACAACACAUCUAUAGACUACUGCCACACUUGGUACACCACACUGAAGGAUCUUCUCAGAGGUUUCAACAGUCGUCCCAGAUAUCUGAAGGUGUUUAUCAACCCUGCUAGCCACAAAAAAGAAGCGGUCUACAUCUACAGAGAAGAAGUAGCUCCACUCUUCAGCAUGGCCGACAUCCAGACGGACAUCACCGUUACCGAGAGGAAGGGCCACGCUCUGUCGGUGUUAAAGGAAUGCAGAUUGGAUGAAUAUGAUGGGGUGGUGUGUGUGGGAGGAGAUGGUUCCGUAGCAGAGGUGGCCCAUGCUCUGGUUCUGAGGGCCCAACUGGAUGCCUCCAGGCAGCCGGACUCUGACCCUAACCCACUGAGAGCUGCUUUACCUCUGGGCAUCAUUCCUGCUGGUUCUACAGAUGUGGUGUCCUGUUCAGUCCAUGGAGUCAGACAUGCGGUCACAGCUGCCAUGCACAUAGUGCUCGGUCACCUGCAGCAGGUGGACAUGUGUGGUUUCCAUUCUCUUGGUCAUUUGGUGACGUUUGGAUUUUCCGCCAUGUUUGGUUUUGGUGGGCGGAGCCUAGCCCUGGCCGAGAGGAAACGAUGGUUGCCGCCAACACAGAGACAUGAGUUCGCCAUGGUCAAGACCUUGGCUAGGCUGAUGCCAGAGGAGUGCCAACUCUCUUUUCUACCUGCUCAGAAGAAUCACAGUAACUUGUUUGAACAAAGGUCCAAGGAACAGAACCCAGAUCCCGAUCCAGACCCAGAGCCAGAGAGGGCAGGUUCCUGGAGGACCAAUCAAGGCUUGUAUCUGAAUAUCAGCAUCAUGUCCAUCCCCUGCCUGAGCCCCCACACCCCCAGAGGACUGGCCCCCAUCACCAGGCUGGCCAACGGCAGUGCAGCGCUGAUUUCAGUAGGAAACACGUCAAGGUCAGAGUUCAUCAAACACCUGAAGAAGUACAGAGAGUCCAGUGGACAGUUCAGCUUCUCAUUCGUGGAGACACACAGCGUGUCAGCAGUGAGGCUCCGCCCCCGAGUCUUGGUGAGGGAUAAAGAAGAGGAGGUCUCUAAAACUGCCCCCACCAUCCAGUCAGAGAGAGCCUUCCCCUGGAAUAUAGACGGAGAGCUGGUGGAGAUCUCCAGUGAAGUAGAGAUUAGGGUCCAUCCCAGGCUGAUUACUCUGUAUGGAGAAGAGGUGGACGAGGCAGAUGAUGUUCCUGUCACGUGUGGUUGCAUCUGAGUCUGAUUGACCACCUUCACAUCAGAAACGCCAGUCUCCAACAUCCAUAAGCCUCCAACGUCCAUAAGAACAAGAAACAACUUCUUUAUUACUAAACAUGAACCACGGUGAACAGUUUUCAUACAGAACUUUAUUACCAAACAUGAACUAUGGUGAACAGCUGUCAUGAAUAACUUUAUUACCAAACAUGAACUAUGGUGAACAGCUGUCAUGAAUAACUUUAUUACUAAACAUG